AUGGGAGACGAAGCAGCCAACGAGUCGCAGGUAGCGAUUGUCAUCAAGAUCCCGCCCUCCUCCCACGCCGACGAUGAGUCCUUUGCCGCGACAGUGGCCAGUAUUGUCAAUUCAGCCUAUACGGAGGCUGAAGGGGACAUCUUCUUACCUAAUUACCAACGCACCUCUCCCACCGAAGUCGCCCAAUUCAUCCGUAACGGGCAACUCGCAGUUGCGUACCUCAAGGAUUCCGGCCACCCUAUUGGUUGCGUGUGCAUCAAGUUGCUCGGGCCCGGCCGAGGAGAGUUCGGCAUGUUGGCACUGGAUGCCAAGCAUCAGGGCGCUGGGUUAGGGCGGCGACUAGCCAUGUUCGCGGAAGCCGAAUGCCGCAGGAACGGAUGCACGAUCAUGCAAUUGGAAGUGUUGGUGCCGAAAACCUUUCAUCAUGCUGGAAAGGAGAGGAUGCAGGCGUGGUACCAACGACUGGGUUACAAGGUUGUCAAGCUUGGCAGUUUUGACGAGGACUACCCUGAACUGGCCAAGAUUCUUUCGGGGCCCACGGAUUACAAGAUAUUUGAGAAGAAGCUCGUCGAGGCAGUUGCAUAA